AUGACCGAAAAUGCCGCCGUUAUCUGCAAGACUUGGACCGGAGAUUCAACAUCGAGUGGAACGGUUGGCCCUCCACAGGCUAUUGCUGAAGUCAAACUAGUAGAUGUGCCCAGCAUGAACUACACUUCCGAAGACAAACCAUUCCCUCGAGGUGAAUUAUGCGUUCGAGGACCUCAAUGUAUCACAGGAUACUAUAAGGAUGAAAAGAACACCCGCGAAACAAUCGAUGAAGAAGGGUGGUCCCAUACUGGGGAUGUUGCCACUCUUGAUGGGAAUGGAAGGUUCAAGAUCAUUGAUAGAGUUAAGAACAUCAUGAAGCUGGCGCAAGGAGAGUAUGUCGCUCUUGAGAAGUUAGAAAACACGUACAGCGCUUCGCCCGCAGUUGCACAACUCUACGUACAUGGCGAUCCCCUCCAAUCGUAUCUCCUCGCCGUCGUAGUGGCAGAUCCCAUCUACUUAUCAGACGCAGUGGAAUCCGUCAUAGGCACGAAGAUAAUGCCAACUGACUUGGAGGCUUUGGAGAAAGUAUGUAAAGACCAACGUGUCAAUGAGAAGAUCUUGGACUUGUUGGGGAAUGAAGCUCAGAAGAACGGUCUAAAGGGCUUUGAAAUGAUUAGGAGGAUUCAUCUCACGGUAGACCCAUUCACGAUUGAGGAAGGUGCAAUGACGCCAACUUUGAAGAUCCGGAGGAAGGAUGCGUAUAAGAAGCAUAAGGCUGUUUUGGAGGAACUGUAUUCAAAAGGAGAACCUACUACUUCCAAGACAGGGUAUAAGCUUUAA